AUGGCUGAGGAUGAAGCCCAAAGUAUGAUGCAAGGUUCUGAAGCUGGAGAACAACCUGUAAACAAUGAUGUCCCAAUCCCGGGACACGAUAUAUUACAGACAAUGGCGACUGCUUUGCGCCAGAUAGCAGGAACAACAACUCCUACUCGAGAUUCGGUGGUUGAAAAAUUACAUAAGAAUAGAGCUGAAGACUUUAAAGGAAGGCGAACUGAUGAUCCUAAUGCAGCUGAGUACUGGUUACAACAACUUGAGCGAAUCUUCACUUUCAUGCCAUGUACUCAAGAAGAAAAACUACAGGGUACUGUAGCAUUACUAAAAGAAGAAGCAUAUAUAUGGUGGUUGAACAAAGUAGAGAGAUGCACUCCGGAGAUGAUCACCUGGGAAUUCUUUGUAAAAGAAUUCAGAAAGCGAUAUGUGGGGGUAAAGUUCAUGGAGGAAAGAAAAAGGGAGUUCCUCCACUUGGUACAGGGUAGCAUGUCCGUUCUUGAGUAUGAAAGUGUAUUUCAACGUUUGUCUCGAUAUGCAUGA